AUGGCUGAAGGAAUUGAUAGGCGCACGGAUGAUCGGAUGGAGUUCACGACCUCAAAGGAGGUGACCGUGGCUCCUACCUUUGAGGAUAUGCACCUGAAGGAAAAUCUCCUUCGAGGUAUCUAUGCUUAUGGGUAUGAGUCGCCCUCUGCAGUUCAAUCGCGUGCCAUUGUCCAGAUAUGCAAAGGUCGCGACACCAUUGCUCAGGCGCAAUCUGGUACUGGUAAGACGGCGACAUUUUCGAUCAGUAUUCUUCAGGUGAUCGAUACCGCUGUGCGCGAGACUCAAGCUUUGGUUUUGUCUCCCACCCGUGAACUCGCAACUCAGAUCCAGUCCGUCGUUAUGGCCCUCGGCGACUAUAUGAAUGUUCAAUGCCAUGCUUGUAUUGGAGGAACCAAUGUUGGAGAGGAUAUCAGAAAGCUUGAAUACGGCCAACAUGUAGUUUCAGGCACGCCUGGACGAGUUGCGGAUAUGAUUCGACGCCGUCACCUACGAACCCGCAACAUCAAAAUGCUGGUCCUUGACGAAGCGGAUGAGCUGUUGAACCGCGGUUUCCGUGAGCAGAUCUAUGAUGUAUACCGCUACCUACCGCCUGCUACUCAGGUGGUAGUCGUUUCCGCUACCCUGCCUUACGAUGUCUUGGACAUGACUACGAAGUUUAUGACCGACCCAGUACGCAUUCUAGUCAAGCGUGACGAAUUGACUCUGGAAGGUCUCAAGCAAUAUUUCAUUGCCGUGGAAAAGGAGGAGUGGAAGUUCGAUACCCUCUGCGAUCUCUACGAUACCUUGACUAUUACACAAGCCGUUAUCUUUUGCAACACCCGCCGAAAGGUUGACUGGCUCACCGACAAAAUGCGUGAAGCCAACUUCACUGUUUCCAGCAUGCACGGAGAGAUGCCUCAAAAAGAACGAGACAGCAUUAUGCAAGAUUUUAGACAGGGUAACUCCCGUGUUUUAAUUUCGACAGACGUCUGGGCCCGUGGUAUCGAUGUGCAGCAGGUUUCAUUGGUUAUCAACUACGACCUUCCCAGCAAUCGUGAAAACUAUAUCCAUAGGAUUGGUCGAAGUGGUCGAUUUGGUAGGAAGGGUGUUGCGAUCAACUUCGUGACAAGCGAGGAUGUGCGCAUUUUGCGUGACAUUGAGUUGUACUACUCGACUCAAAUUGAUGAGAUGCCAAUGAACGUUGCCGAUCUCCUGUCGUAA